AUGAACGCUAAGCUGAGCGAUGCCUACGAUGGAUACCGCCGAUUUUUGGUUGACAUCUCCACCGGCGACAGCUUUGUCUUGGAUGCUAGUGUCUUCAACGAAACUUAUAGAGAAUGGAAUACCUUUGAUCCUGCGACGUCCAGUUCUUUCCAGAAUUUAACUGCUGAGUUUUCGCAAACUUAUGUUGGUGAUUUGAAUGUCAACUCAUCUUCGGUUGCCGGAUAUCUAGCCUAUGAUUCACUUGAGGUAAUUGGAACCGAAAUGAAUGCAACGUUUGGAAUUGUCAAAAGAAUUGAUGGAAAUUCCCCACCAACAGUGACGUAUCUAGGAGAACAAGUUGCAGGACGGAUCGGAUUUUCCAGGCUGGGAAAUACCACCACAAAUAUUCAUAAGCGUCUGCUAGAGGGACAUGAGAACAAAGCGCUUUGCUUGGCUAUGUACGACGAGGGGGAGUAAGUGUCUUAAAUAAUGUGAGCUCUCAUCUAUCUAUAAAAACCUCUAGUUUUUAUGAUCAAAAAACAAAAAAAAAUCAGUCUGUCGGAAAAAUAAUGAGCACAAUGUCACAUCGAAAAUUGCAUCGCCGCCGAAAAAAUGAAUUGUGCCGCCCGAAAGUCGAGUUGAUUUUCUUCAGCGACGCGAUCGGCACAGCGACAUUCCGCUCAUUGUUUUCCCCACAGACUGAGAACUUUACAACCAAGAGUGUGUUUCAGAAUCACGAAACCUCAAGUCAGUCUCGGCCGCUUCUCAGGUCCUCAGAAGGCGCUGCGAACCACGGUCAAAGCCCUUCCGAGAGCCGACGGACUUUGGGCGGUCAACGUGACCAGUGUUAAAAUGGAUAAAUACAGGAUCAGCCGCUCCCAUGAGAUUGUCUUCAGCACGACAUUUGACGGCAUCGGCUUCAAGUCCGACCAUUUCAAACGACUUCUUUGGCUGCUGGACGCUGAAUACGACCGUCCAAAUGGCCGAUUUUAUACAAGCUGCGGUCAAAACUUGACGAUUGAGUUUCUAAUCAACGAAGCGGCGAUUCCGCUCAAAUUCAGCGACUACACGGAGAAGAUCGCGGAGGACAAAUGUGUCAUCAAAGUGAGGCAUUUGUAUGAAGCUACAAUUAUACUGGGUGCUCCAAUCUACCGAAAAAAUGGAGUGUGUUUUGACUUUGAGAAGGACGAAGUCAGCUUCUACGACAUGCAAGACGAUCCUGAUUCAGAUGUCGGAAUUGUCUAG